UGAUGUCAUCAUCGUGUCACGGAGGAAGGUAAUCCACUGACUCCCGGUCAGUUCCCGAGAGCCCCCGUGUUUCACGUCGGGACUGGACCAAGAGAGAGGUGGAGUCUUUGGGCUUUGAGCUCUAACUCACCCCAUGCCAAUCCCCCUCUCCACACUUUCUGCCUCCUUUCUCGCACCAUACUCGGACGGGAUACACAGCCGCGCAAUGGAGUCGGAAGGCAGCCAAAGUAACCUGUCCUCCUCGGACUCUCCGCACGACCCCUGCAAAAUGUUCAUCGGUGGUCUGAGCUGGCAGACUACGCAAGAGGGUUUGAAGGACUACUUCUGCAAGUUUGGUGAAGUGAAAGAGAGUAUGGUGAUGAGAGAUCCAGUUACAAAGCGCUCGAGGGGUUUUGGAUUUGUCACAUUUGUUGACCAAGCUGGCGUGGACAAAGUUCUGGCCCAGACCAGACAUGAGCUGGACUCCAAAACUAUUGACCCGAAAGUUGCCUUCCCGCGACGAGCCCAGCCUAAGUUGGUGACUCGGACAAAGAAAAUCUUUGUUGGAGGCCUGUCGGUGAACACUACUAUUGAAGAUGUAAAGCAGUACUUUGACCAGUUCGGAAAGGUGGAUGACGCCAUGCUUAUGUUUGACAAAACCACCAACAGGCACAGAGGGUUUGGAUUUGUGACCUUUGAGAAUGAAGAUGUAGUGGAGAAAGUCUGUGAAAUUCACUUCCACGAGAUCAACAACAAAAUGGUGGAGUGUAAGAAAGCCCAACCCAAGGAAGUGAUGUCACCCACAGGAUCUUCAAGAGGUCGUGCUCGUGUCAUGCCCUAUGGGAUGGACGCCUUUAUGCUUGGCAUAGGAAUGCUGGGCUAUCCAGGGUUCCAGGCAGCAACAUAUGCCGGUCGCAGCUAUACUAGUCUCACACCAGGAUACACAUAUCAGUUCCCUGAAUUCCACUUAGAGAGGACCCCCCUUCUGACAUCACCCCACCCCCCUGAGCUCACAGCCAUUCCUCUAACGGCGUACAACCCCAUGGCAGCAGCCGCAGCAGCAGCAGCUGUGGUCAGAGGCUCAAAUGCUUCUCGCUCAGCUGGGUUUCUAGGUACCAGCAGCCCUGGGCCGAUGGCAGACCUGUAUGGAACAGCCAAUCAGGACUCAACUGUCAGUAGCUAUAUCAGCGCUGCAAGUCCCGCUCCAAGCACUGGAUUCAGCCACAGCCUUGGGGGCCCUCUGAUUGCUACGGCAUUUACUAACGGCUACCAUUGAAAUGAGUGAAAGGUACAAUAGUAUUAAUCACUCUGACGUCUUCCCUACAUCUUAAGGAAGGAUUUUUAAAGUAUGUGAUGAUCUCAAUCGAAUAUAAUGGAUGCACUCUACGUGCAGCAGGGUUUUAUAGUUAUUUUAUCGAGCUCUCUGUCUUUGAAUGGUUUUGGAUGAGAUGAAUCAGCCCUAAUCUGAUGGAAUGACGGCUGCAACACUAAUAACGUGAUGUGACAUAUUUCCUGUUUUAUGAAUUACUGUCAUAUCAGUCUAACUAACCUCCUGCUCCUCUUAUAUAGAGCUAAACCUGUAAAUAAUUAGUUUAUUUCUAGGUUUAAAAUGCUAACAACUUGCGUGUAUUUUUGUCUUCGUUUCAUUUUUUCCUCUCUCAGUUGUCUUUUUUUGUGAUGACAUUAUGUACAUGUAGGCUUGUAAUUGUAGAAAAGACUUCAGUUUAACAGUCGUAUAAGAGCAAUAAUCUGUGUCAAAUCUAUGUGGAUCUUUGUAGUGUAUUUAAAAGACUAAAUCACUUUCAGAUGCAUUUGGUACAUUUUCUACUGAAGAAUAUAGUGUGAUGGGACAUCAAAAUGUAUAUUUUGUUAGUUUUGCAACUGGAUUUAUUACACUGAUCAUGAAAAUAGCAGUAAUUAUAAGGAGAACAUAUUUCUCAGACUUAGAUUCGACCUUCUUUGUGUAAAAUAUUGUAUAUACUGUCUUUUUGAUCUGGUGAGAUCUGUCAGCGUGAUUAAGAGAGUUUUUUACACUCAAGAACGCAAACGCAUGAAUUCUUUGUGUCCAAAAAUGUUUUGUUUUUUUUCAUGAUUUGAUGAACUUGAACUUUUUUUUUUUUUUUUUUGUUCAGUGUUUUUUGUUGACAGAAGGCAAUGUGAAUGAUGCUACUAUUGAGUGAGUGAGUGAGCGUGUGUCUGUGUGUGUUAGAGAUUGAAUGCAUGUCUGAUGCUGUCAUGAUCUAAUGUAUUAUCUUCAGUAAAAUGAUUUAAAAUGUGAAUUGUAACCCCUAUUUCCAUGCUGUUACAUUGCUUUUACCAAGUUUAUAUUCGUAACACAAUUCCAUUAAUCUCUUUUAGAGGUUUAAAGUCUUGUAAUAAUUGGAAUAUGAAUAUACUUCAAUUAAUUGAAGAUUCUGGUACUGGUAAAAAAACAAAAAAAACACUAAUAUAACACUUUUUAUGAAGUAAACAGGAUGGCUGUUAAUAUUUGAAAGUUUUAAUGUUUCUCGUUUGAAGCUUGACCCUCUCUGAAAACUGAAAUAAAAAAAUUAAAAAGUAAA